GGGAAAGCGCGCGCCGCCGCAGUAGCGAGGGUCGACCCUCUGGAGGAGGAAGCUUUCCUGGCGCGCGAGCCUCUGAGGCGCUCUGGGCCGAGCCGGCGGCUGGUUGGUGCUCUGACCUCGAUUGCGGCGGCAGGUCCCUCCACGUGCUUUCGGCGGCGCCAUGGAGCUGGAAGAGUUGGGGAUUGGAGAGGAAUGUGGGGUGUUCGGGUGCAUCGCUUCUGGAGAGUGGCCCACGCAGCUGGACGUACCACAUGUGAUCGCUCUGGGACUCGUGGGGCUGCAGCACCGGGGUCAGGAGAGUGCUGGAAUUGUGACCAGUGAUGGGAAUUCAGUGCCAACAUUCAAAGUACAUAAGGGAAUGGGUCUUGUAAAUCAUGUUUUUACUGAAGACAACUUAAAGAAAUUAUAUGUUUCAAAUCUUGGAAUUGGACAUACGAGAUACGCCACUACAGGAAAGUGUGAAUUAGAAAAUUGUCAGCCCUUUGUUGUUGAAACACUUCAUGGGAAAAUAGCUGUGGCACAUAAUGGUGAAUUGGUAAAUGCUGCUCGAUUAAGGAAAAAGCUUCUGCGUCAUGGCAUUGGUCUGUCAACAAGCUCUGACAGUGAAAUGAUUACCCAGUUACUGGCAUAUACCCCACCUCAGGAACGAGAUGACACCCCAGACUGGGUAGCAAGGAUUAAAAAUUUAAUGAAGGAAGCACCCACAGCAUACUCCCUGAUUAUAAUGCACAGAGAUGUUAUUUAUGCAGUACGGGAUCCUUACGGAAAUCGUCCUCUAUGCAUUGGUCGUCUUAUUCCGGUUUCUGAUAUAAAUGAUAAAGGAAAGAAAACAUCUGAAACUGAAGGAUGGGUGGUGUCCUCAGAAUCAUGUAGCUUUUUAUCUAUUGGUGCGAGAUAUUGCCGGGAAGUCUUGCCUGGGGAAAUUGUGGAAAUAUCCAGACAUAAUGUCCGAACUCUUGACAUUAUUUCAAGGUCUGAAGGAAACCCAGUGGCUUUUUGUAUAUUUGAAUAUGUUUAUUUUGCAAGACCAGAUAGCAUCUUUGAAGAGCAAAUGGUUUAUACAGUCAGAUACCGUUGUGGUCAGCAGCUGGCAAUUGAAGCCCCUGUGGAUGCAGACAUGGUUAGCACUGUUCCAGAAUCUGCUACACCCGCUGCUCUUGGUUACGCAGCAAAGUGUGGACUUCCAUAUGUGGAGGUGCUGUGUAAAAACCGUUACGUAGGAAGAACCUUCAUUCAGCCAAACAUGAGGUUAAGACAACUUGGUGUGGCAAAAAAGUUUGGAGUAUUAUCAGACAAUUUUAAAGGCAAAAGAAUUGUUCUUAUAGAUGACUCAAUUGUAAGAGGCAAUACCAUCUCACCCAUAAUAAAAUUACUUAAAGAAUCUGGUGCAAAGGAGGUAAGUAACUUCUAUUUGGAACACAGGAGCGAUAAAGCAAACCACACUAUUGCUGUAAGGAGAAAGGCUUAG